UAUCAAUUUCAAUUUCGAAAAUCAAAAGUGAAAAAUCCAAAAACAAAAACAAAAAAUGAAAAUGAAAUUUGCAUUGAUUAUCAUAUUUUUCCUAUUCAGUUCAGGAAUCAAUGGAAGCAGAUUUGCCCGACCCGAUAAUUAUCAUGAUAUUAUGGUUUUGAUCAAUGGCCGUGCAUUACCAGCACAAAGUGCAGUAAAUUUACCAAAUAUUUUGGUUACAAAUAAACAAACUGGUCAGGAAAUACCAUUACGAAUUGGUAUACGAAAAAUAUUAACGGAAAAUGAAUCGGAAAAUCAUGGUAGCGGUGGCGGCAGUAGUAAUAAUCAUGGAAGCGGUGACGGCGGUAGUAAUAAUCAUGGUAGCGGUGGCGGCGGUAAUGAUCAUGGAAGCGGUGGCGGCGGUAGUAAUAAUCAUGGAAGCGGUGGCGGUAGCAAUCAUGGUAGCAGUGGCGGCGGUAGUGAUCAUGAUGGUAAAAAUGGCAGUAAUGGUAUAUUGAUUAUUGAAAUGUAAACAUCCGAAUUACAGAUUUCAGCAUGCAAAAGUUUGUUUUUUACGUUUUGUUUGUUUGAAUUCAAUC